AUGUCGUCGAGCGAGAAGUCAAGUAUCGAUAAAGAAAGAUUGAAGGAAAAGCUCGAAGAGAAACUUGAUGUUUCACACUUUGACCCCAACACGGUGAUCCGUGGAGCUCAGUUGACCCUGAUCAUUGGAAUUAAAGUGCUGCUAUGGUUCAUCUCAUUCUUUACGGAUCUCGAAGCGGUAACAUGGGAUGAUACCCUGUUAGAAGGCCUUGACUUUGUUGCAGAAUAUGUCCUUCAAGUGCCCUUCUUCCUCAUGACCCUCAUGCGCUAUGUAGUGCCGACUCUUGAUAACUUGUUCAUGCAGUCGUUGCAGUGGGUGGAUAUGACCUAUGUUCAAAAGCACAAAGGCGAAAAAGUCUCUGAGCUUCGCGAUAUGUACUAUCCCAAUCUCAAGAUGUACCGACCAUCAGACGGAAGCACACAUUCUGAAAGCACCGCUCAAGCCGUGUCAAUGUUCCUUUACCGCUUCCUUCGAAAGGGUGGUAUCUCCCUUGCUGUUUUUGCCCUCUCGUACACUCCAUACGUUGGCCGCUUCGUUUUGCCCGCUGCAAGUUUCUACACCUUCAAUAAUGCAGUGGGCUUAGGGCCUGCUUCUGCGAUAUUCGGUACAGGCAUUUUCCUCCCUCGCAAGUACCUUGUUGUCUUCCUUCAGAGCUAUUUCUCUUCCAGGACUUUGAUGCGAGAACUGUUGGAGCCUUACUUUGCCCGAGUACACUUUACCAAGGAGCAGAAGCGAAACUGGUUCCGCAGCCGAGAAGGAGUUUUGUUCGGCUUUGGUCUAGGCUUCUAUAUUCUAGUCAGAAUUCCUCUUGUUGGUGUGCUGGUCUAUGGCAUUGCUGAAGCAUCAACGGCGUAUCUGAUCACCAAGAUUACCGACCCGCCACCACCUCCUCAGCAAAUGAAGGAGUUUGCCGAAGGACAACAGAAUUGGUCUAACAAGCACGAAUUCCUGAACCUGUCUCUGGCCAACAUCGACUCGGUUCAUAAUGAAGAGUUGAAGAAGAUGAAAUAG